UAAAGUUGACCGCCUGUCUUCAGUGUGGAUUUGAGCGUCUUCAGUUAUUGAGCUGUCUGUCUCUGAGUUUACUGUAAUUGGGCAGAGGCAAAGGUAGAUAUUUGACUGAUAAGUUUUUUUUUGCCCUAAAUCCAUCGUAAUUCGUAGGUAGAAAGAUUAGUAGAAGUAGAAAUAGUUCAGUGUGUGGAUUUUUAUCAGGCCGAGGAAGGUGCUCGAAGGAAAGAGAAAGAUUAUAGUUUGGAAUAAUCAACGUGAUAUUAGUAAGGUGCAAGGAGCUUAUCAAAGAUGGAAGACGAGGCAUGGAAUAUGCUCAAGAAAAUCAAAAAGGAGAAGAGGGCCUCUCAUGGUGACCGGCUUUCGGAAACGCAAAAGCAGGAACUUUUGCAAAAGUUGAAGAAAGAAAAGGAAGAAGAAGAAAAAUCCAAGCAAGUUAUCAUCCCACCAAAGCCAACAUCAGACAUGGUGGAUGCAAGUAUGGAUCCUCGCUCACGAUCGCGGACGUCAAGAUACGCCAAGUCGCUUAGUCAAUUAGAACCCCAAAAGGCGUAUGGAAAAUCGCAAGUACCCUUGUCCCCAUCUUUGCUGGUUGCUCCACUCAUGAACAAGCCAGCUCCACACUUUGAUCUGAAAUCAUUUAAAAUUCCAAAGUCGGAAGCAUCAUCAAAGUCAGCUCCUCCAAGAUCAACAAAAACAGAUGAUGACGAGUGGGGAAAUCAACCUAAAGAUGAUGGGUGGGGUGAACCCAGUCGAUCAUUCUCUCGUAGAUCGUACGAACAUCCUGCCACUGCGAACGUGUCCGCAUUCGACUGUAUGCAGCCCAAGUCGGACAUCUCCUCGCAGAGGGACUACUCGGGGAAUAGUUCAAGAGGAUCGGGUGCUGGAUUUGGCCGAGGACGAGGUCCCCCAGUUGGCGGAUAUCAAGUGAAGCAAGUCAACCCUAACUCUGAUGCCUCGUUCGAGGUCUGGGGAACCGAGGAGACUAAUAACAAAUCUGCUGAUUCGGCACUCCCACCACCAACUGCAAAGAAUGAAGUGGUGGAAACGGAUGACUGGGGAGAACCCAUUGUUAAGAAAAAUCCCUCUGCAAUUCGACCGACAACAUCUGCUGCGAACGGUGCUGCUUCUACACGGCCACCACCAAGUGCAAGGAAAGAAGAAGUCGAAACGGAUAAGUGGGGGGAACCCAUUGUUAAGAAAAAUCUCGCUUCAAUUCGACCGACAUCAUCUGCUGCGAACGGUGCUGCUUCAGCAUUGCCACCACCACCUUCUGCAAAGAAAGAAGACGUCGAAACGGAUGAGUGGGGCGAACCCAUUGUGAAGAAAAUUCUGCCGACGGCAUCAGUUGCUACCAAUAGUGCUCCUGCUGAUGAUGCUACUGAUGAAUGGGGUGAACCAAUUAAGCCAAAAGCAAAAAAGCCAGAUCCUGUGCCCAGUACGGAUGAGUGGGGUGCUCCAAGUAGCAAGCCAGCGGGCACUGCUAAUCCUGCCAUAGACGAAUGGGGAGAACCCGUGAAGAAAGCUAACGACGAUAUUUGGGGCGCACCUGCAAGCACUACAACUUCAGCAAACGAUAGCUGGGGCGGUGGUGGUAGUGGCAGUUCACGCUCUUCGAAUGAUGGAGACAGGUUUGGUGGUGGGGGAGGACGAGGGAGAGGACGAGGACGUGGCGAUAGAGGUGGUGGCAGGGGACGAGGUGGUGGAGGAGGAGGUGAUCGUCCACCAAGACAACCUCAAGAAGGCGAUUGGGACUGUCCUGGCUGUAGUGCAAAGAAUUUCUCUGGACGUCGCGAAUGCUUCAAAUGCCGUGCGGCCGCACCCCCAGGAUUGGGAGGAGAGUCUCGCCGCCCACCACGAGAACCUCAAGAAGGCGAUUGGGAAUGUCCUGGGUGUAACGCAAAUAAUUUUUCUGGACGUCGCGAAUGUUUCAAAUGCCAUGCGGCAGCACCCCCAGGAAUCGGAGGUAACUCUAAUGGUCGUGGUCGUGGAGGAGGAGGAGGUCGGCGCCGAGAAGAGAGUCCUAACAAUCCAAAUUACGAACCAGUAACCAAACGUCCACGAAUUUCUUCCGGUUCGCCUGCAGGAUUUGAUGAGUGGGGAUCUUCAAGCACUAUUCCUUCACCGAGCACAGCAGGUUCGGAUGAUUGGGGGACUCCAAUUGCCAGCAAUAGUAAGGCUGCCCCGGUGAAGAAAUUGGAUGAGUGGGGUGCCCCACCAGUAACACCUGUGUCUAAUGCUAACAUUGAUGAUCUUAUGCGUGGGCAACCAGGCGGACGGGACAAUAAUAGAAGGAGAGACUUCAAUCCUUCAUCGGACUGGGGAGCUUCAGACGCACCCAAACCAGGAAAUGGUAUUACUGAUAGAAAAUGCUUGAAGGAGUGGACUUGUGGCGACACUCGAUGCGGGAGUUCAAACUUUGAUUGGAGGGACGAUUGUUUUCGCUGUGGAGCUCUUAAGACUAGUUCGGCGGUCAUGAAACCAUCUUCUCGAGACUACAACGGAAGUCGACCGCGUAACGUGGAGGCCGCCAGAGAAUCUCGAUUGCUGAAGAUUUACAGUCCGCCUUCUCCAACCUGUGAAAGGAUCAAAGCUCCUCCAGAUGAAAAGAAUUUGGGUCGGAUGCUCUCAAUCGCCUCAUCUUCCUCAUAUGAGAAGGAAAUGAAGGAGGUCUUCACAGAGACCCCCAAAGAAUGGAGUUACGGUGGACAAGGGAUUGAAAUGGACCAUGUAGCUUUGAUCCACAUCUUUAACAUUAAUAAUGGAAACGCUCUGCCUCUCAGUCACCGAUUUGAAGCAGUUGCGCAAAAUCCUGGUGGUGGAGUUGGUGUAGCAAACACCCUUUUAGGAGCUAGAAAAGAAGUGUUGCAUGCGAUUAAAAUAGAUGCUGAAGAAAAACAAGUAAUCAGGAGCAUUAAGCAAAUUGAGGGUGUUACCGUUGAGGCUCCCAAGACACGAAACAAGGUCAAUUUAACCUGGAAAGGUCUUCGCAUCGUCGUGAAAACUGGGGAAAAUGAGAUUAAACCAUCGGCAGAGAAAGAAGAACACAAAGAUGAAAAGAUGGAACUCGAAGUUUGCGAGAAAGUGGACGAGAAAGAACCAAUUGAUGAACAAUCUAAAGAGAAAGAUGGACCUGUGGUCUAUGAGAACGUCCAAGAGAAAGAGGGUCUCAAAGUUGACCAGAAAGAAGAAGCAAUUGACGAGCAAUCUAAAGAGGGGCCCAUGACCGAUGAGAACGUCCAAGAGAAAGAGGGUCUCAAAGUUGACCAGAAAGAAGAAGCAAUUGACGAACAAUCUAAAGAGGGGCCCAUGACCGAUGAGAACGUCCAAGAGAAAGAGGGUCUCAAAGUUGACCAGAAAGAAGAAGCAAUUGACGAGCAAUCUAAAGAGGGGCCCAUGACCGAUGAGAACGUCCAAGAGAAAGAGGGUCUCAAAGUUGACCAGAAAGAAGAAGCAAUUGACGAACAAUCUAAAGAGGGGCCCAUGACCGAUGAGAACGUCCAAGAGAAAGAGGGUCUCAAAGUUGACCAGAAAGAAGAAGCAAUUGACGAACAAUCUAAAGAGGGGCCCAUGACCGAUGAGAACGUCCAAGAGAAAGAGGCACUCAAAGUGGACGAGAAAGAAGAAGCAAUUGACGAACAAUCUAAAGAGGGGCCCAUGACCGAUGAGAACGUCCAAGAGAAAGAGGCACUCAAAGUGGACGAGAAAGAAGAACCAAUUGAUGAACAAUCUAAGGGACCCAUGACCGAUGAGAUUGAGAAAACUCAAGAGAAACAGGGACUUAUAGACGAUGAGAAAACUCAAGAGAAAGUGGGACUCAAAGUUGACGAGAAAGAACCAAUUGACGAACAAUCUAAGGAGACAGAGGUACCUAUGACUGAUGAGAAAGUGCAAGAGAAAGAGGGACCUAUGGAUGAUGAGAAAACUCAAGAGAAAGAGGGACUCAACGUUAACGAGAAAGAAGAACUAAUUGACGAAGAAUCUAAGGAGAAAGUGGUACCUAUGACUGAUGAGAAAACUCGAGAGAAAGUAGAACCUGAUGUAGAAGAGAAAGCAGAGUAGUUUGUCAUUCUUAUUUUGUUUGACUUGAAUUUUUGAACUGACAUGACCCUGUCUAGAAAUCCUCCAAGGAAACAGUCAAAGGACCCUGACUUGGUAUGAGUAUAAGUCGCCAUACAUUCUUUAAUUUGUGUUUAUUUCAUCUUCUACAAUGACACAUAAUAAUAAUAAUUUGACUUUGACAUUACAU